CUUCGUCCGGAGCGGGCUGCCCUUGCUUCGCAGGCUUACCGCCUUCCCGAGCGGGCUCUUCUCUCCGUCCUUCCCCCCGGGGGCCGCUGAGCUUGCCCGUAGCCCGCCUUGCCCACCGGGCGGGGGGCGACGGGAGGCGGUUGCGCUGCCCUGGGAAGCGAUGGAGGGGCUGGCCGUGCUCCCCCGCUGCCCGUGGAGGGACGGGAGGCGUUCGCUGCAAUAUCGCCCUUAAACUGCAAGCAGCUAUAAACAAAUGCGAAGUGAUAGAACUUUAAAGAACACGGAAGAAAAAAAAAAGAGCUAGUAGCUUCAACCUGUGCGCUUAAAUCCAUUGUGUGUCUCUGAAAUAUGACUUGAAGUGGCUUGGACUUGUUUGAACUGGAAGAUGUGGAGUGGACUGUUACCUCCAGGACUGAACGAAAGUGAUGUUGACUUUAGUUCUGAUGAGGGAGAGGAGCCACAUAGUUCCUUUGCAAAGGAAGAUGCAAAAGAAGAUACUGAAAGAGUUCGGCUUUCGGAAUUCCAGAUUAAUGGACCUGAAAGUGAUGCCAUCAGUGAACCCGUUUUGCUGUCAGUGACAGAUGGAGAAAGCGAAUCUCAAACAUGUCCUUCUGGAAUUUCGUUAAAUAUGUGGAAUAAAUUUUUGGCGCUUCAGAAGAAAAAUCAUGAAAUGAAAACCCAAGCAAAUCAGGGAAACAAAGGCCGAAAAAGAAAACGCCACAGAAAAGAAAAACAGAAAAAGAACAAUGAAAUGACUAAGAGGUAUAACCAGGUCAAUGUGAUGAUCCGAGUAGUCAGCAGUUGGCAAAUGAAGACAAAUGGAAAGAACUUACACAGUACUUUGGAAUCAAUGAUAGAUUUGAAUCACCUGUGGAUAGCAGGGCUCCACAAAAGAUAUCAGAUGAAUUGUACUUGGAUUGAAAGGUUGCUGUGCUUUCGAGACAGUAUCCAUGCUUGUUUCCUGUCUGGUUUUGUCUUCUAUUAUCAUGAGAGACAGAAGACUUCAUAUGCGUUGUCUGGCCUUGAACUUAGCAUAGAGAAGUCUGUGGCUGAAGGUGACAUUGAUAAGGCUGAGGAGCUGAGUGAUAGAUUAGCCACUCGUGAGCUUGGUGUGAAAAUUGCCAAAGCUGCUGCUUGCCGUAACUUUGUAAAAGCCAAGCAAGAAGCAGAGGCUGCCCAAGAAGCUCAAAAGAAAAAGAAGCUUGCUUGGGGAUUUGAAGCCAAGAAAAGAUGGGAAACAAAAAGCAACAUGGGAUACAUGUAAUCAUCCUGUUUUCCUCUGGAGUCAAAUACCUGUUUUUACUUUGUGGCUACUUCUUAAAUCUAAACACACAAAAAAACCCAAAACAAAACCCAACGCAUCAAAUUCCUAGUGUUUCUCUUAAUGCUGUUAGACUGCAGUAUCUUGUUUUGGCUCUCUUAGAAUGUAGCAAAAAUACUAUCUAAACAUCAAUGCUAUGUUAAAUACCAUAUUUUUCUCCAAAAUAUGAAAGUCUCAGAUAAUGCAUGGUAGAAGGCAUUUGGAGUCAGAUAAGAGAACUCUCUGAAGUUGGAGUAACAUACUUGGUCCGAAUGUGUUCUAUGCUGCACUGCAGUUUCAAUGCGUGGGUGUAAGGAGAGGGAUAGUUUUCCUGCUAAGGCUAUAUGGACUUAAUGCAGCAAGUACUACUUUUCUGGUUGCUUGAAAGUUUGGGGGAGGGCAUUAAAUAAAGAAAAGCAAACCCACCCUACCUGUUUAAAACCAUUAUUAUUUAUGCAUUUAUGGGCUUAGUAAAUAUAAAAAGAAAAAAAUCAGCUGAAAAAGUCCAUCCUCCCUCUCCUGGGAGGGCUCUGAUACUAUUUGUCCUGUCCUGGUGCCAUGUUCUUCAGAAUACUUCCAAUUCCCAUCUUCCUUUUCUUCCCAAGAACUCAAGUUUUAAAAGUCCCAGUUUCUUUGAGCAGAUAAAGUAUAGAAAUACGUAUCUUGAAAAAUAUCUGAAAUAUUUUCUGUGGUGCAGUUAGCUGCACCCAAGAAACAGAUGCAGAUUUUACUCCAAGUCAAAUGUUUUACAGAUCAAUUAGGAUUUGAAUGUUUAUGUUAUAAGAUUAUAACAAGAAUUGAUGAUAAUGUUUCUUCAGAAUUGUUCUCAGUGAAAAGUAAGGACAUAUUCAGAACUAAUAACUUUUCUCCCUGAAGCUCUUGCGUAUAUGUUUAGUUACCACAAUGCCUGAAUUGAAUUGGUAAUGUAAAUGUCAGUUAUUGUUAACCAAGAUUAAUAUGUUUCAGGCCAAAGGUAUGGUAUUAGCGUAAUGGUGAUUUACUACGUAAGUACUUGAGGCUAAAACAACUUGCCAACAAAUAGCAAGUUUUAUGGCACCAAUUCGAAGAGUUUAGGUUUGCAGUCCAACAUGGAAUAGUGCAUUUUUGUUCAUUAGCCCUCAGGAUGUUUGAUUCUUUUUCUUUUUUAGCAGAACGUCUGAUUUCUUUCACAAAGAUGAGAGUUUGCAAUAUGGUAAUCUGCAGUUAGCUGUAAUUAGUUAUGAUGACAGAGUUGAAUACAAUUGCCAGGACUGUAAAUCAGGGGCUAAACAGGUUUCUGCAGUAUAACAUCAUAAAUCUUACACUAUGUUUUACAAACUAUAUUAGCUUUAGAAACUUUGGUGCGAAAGGAAGCAAAUGAUGAUAUCUCUGUAAAGUGAUUAUAAAGGUAAAUGACAUGUUUACUUGUAUAAACAGAUUAUACCAUGAACCUUCAUCAAGAUUUUUCUCAGUUCCAAAUUUUCCUGUCCAAAACUUACAGGCACUCUGUCCAUAAUUUCUGUUAUUCUUUUUAAGCAGCUGUUAGAUACAGUUGACCUUUCUGCUUGUUAUAUACUGAAAAGCAGAAUGAUACUGAUGUUUUCACCACCGAAUUAUCAACAGUAUUCCAUUAAAUGUUUAAAAGUAGUGUAUAUUAAACAGAUGCUAUACAUUUUCUUGUAAUAGUUGCUCUUAAUAGUAACAGUGUUUAUUAGUUAAAUAAAAAUCUUGAUAUAAUUGCAAGAAUCA